CAUCGACUAUUUUCAUGGCUUGCUUCUUUGUAUUACGCGUCGCUCACCCUGUAUUCGACCAUCUAUUCAAAGUACUACUCCAGUGCAGCUAUUGCUGUAGUUCCCCGCUUAAGUAUCAUAGUAGACGCCCAUCAAGUUAAGCGAUAUUUCCGACGAGAAGGUUCAUCUCGAAUUACGAAGUUACUACUAGUAGCAGUACGUAUUGUAUAUUACAUUAGUUCUCGAACGGGUAAGGCUCCUACAACCCUGACUUCACGUUCUGCGAGGAAUGCCUUGACUCUGUCCACCUCGCCGAUCUUUAUUAUUUUAAUUGUCUGUCCAACUCUUUCAAACACUCACUCAGUCACUCCUUCGAUUAGAAUGUUCUGUACCCGCAGGCCGCCAACUCUAUCCAUAAAUGAGUUAAAUCAUAUUCUCAGCGAGUCUCUUGACAUAGAAAGACUUGAAAACGUUAACGUUUCCGACACUAUCCUUCACGAUACACUCCCUUCGACCCCGGAAAAACAAAAAACCUCAACGUUUCACCGCUUGUUCUCCCGCUCAUCGUCACAUCUACCUCUCGUUCCACGUUCGCCCAUACUAAAACACCUAGACGAGCCUGUCACACCGAGUCCCCGCAAGAUGGCAUUUACCUGGCGUUUAUCACGCUUAUCUCCCCAUAGGUCUCGUAGAGCUGAUGAUCAUACAGUGGAAGACAUCCCAAGUGUCUCAUUAAAUCGUUCUCGCUCGUCAUCUGGAUGCAGUGUCACUUCUGCCAUUUUAUCACCUUCGAGAGCACUGACUAGCAUGUCUUCGACAUCUAGUCUUGGUUCGGUGAUACCUACGUCUGAGCGUUUCUCCAAGUGUCUCGCAGAAUGCAUGGAGACGGGAAAUGUGGCCCUCAGUACAAGGAGAUCCCCCUCACCAACACAUUCUCGGCUUUCUCCGAUACAAACGGCUCACUUUCCACCCACACCGCGUUCACCCCUGCAGCUCCUAUUUGGUAAUAAAUCAUCAUCGAGUAAUACAUGCAAAGGCGCAACGACAAGUACGGAUGCCACGGAAAUGGGGUCGGGUACCCCAGUAACCGAAUGCAAUGUCGUCGAAUCUAUCGAUGAUAAUGUCACACCUCGAGCGACUGGAUUCACCACUUUAUCGCAUAGAAGUAGUGAUAGUACUGUCCAGGCUAAAACAAGACGACGGCCCUCAGCAUUGACACUGGUUCUUCCUCCUCAAGAGAUUGCAUCCCUCUGCCUUCAACCAGCGGUCGGAGCAUCACCUCAUGUACCCUCUGAUACUGAAGGUUCUAUCUCUACGUGCUCCCUCCCAUCUCCUACUUCAUCCAUACCUACAUCAUGCCAGCUUUCAUCCUACGUUCCUUCGGCCUCAUCUAGCGCACCUAGAUCGUCUACCUCAACGACUUCGUCUUUUCCCUGGUCUCGUGCACGGGCUGGCUCCCGUUCCAUGCUGACACCGCCAUUGCCGGGACCUCCACCCAGUAGCCCCCUUCCUCCACUACCCGCUUUAACGGCACGAAAUUCGGAUGUUACCACGCCCCUCAACGCCCCAGUUCCUCUUCCAACGACCAACCCGACUUCCUCAAAACGUGCUCGUACUCCUGUGCGUACUGACUCGCCUUCGGGCACAGUUGUGAUUCCUCCUUCUCCUGGAAGCCUGCGACUUCCUUCUCGUUUAAGCUGGGGUGCUACAGGACGCAUCGUGAUUCCUCUUCCCUCGAGUCUACCAAGUCCGCCUUCCUCCCCUUCGAAGGUAGGGGGGAAAAGAGAACUUUCUCCGUGUUCACCCACCAAUAAGAGCAUGUCCAAUGCCAAUUCCCCUAUCCUGGACAAGCGUGCGAGUGUUGGGAUAUUAGAGGCUGCCGAUGAUUUGGAAGCUCAAGUACGACUCAUGAAGAGCAUACUGGUACCAAGCACUCGGCGUUCAAAAGGGACACUCAGCUGUUCCAAUUCACCUCAAAAACGCGUGCAGAUUCAUACUGAGGCAAACUCCGAACCUGCAAGCCCAUCAAAGAAAGCAAGGAGGAAGUCAAGUGCUGUCUCCACAAUACCGUUUCUAACAGUUCCGCGGGAGCGGAGAAGAUCUGCUCCCUUACUGCGAAGUGGAGCCAUACCGAAGGCUACACUUAUCCCUCCUGCAUGUGCAGACUGGACAUUGUCGCUGCCUUUCUGCAUCGAUGUACCAGGGAGUGGCAUAUGUGUGCCAACGCCUCCUUCAGAGGACGGUGCCCUUCAUGAAGCCGAUAAAGCUCUACAAGUAGCACAAUGGGAUGACUGGACCCUAUCCCUCGGUGCAGAUCGCCAGAAACUCACAAAGAAAAACCAUGUGCUGUUACUGCACAGCUUCCUACGCCGAGUACUACACCUGAGCCUGGGGAUAACCUUCCAGCAGCAUCUCUACCUUCCCUCUUUACGCCUUUUGCCCGGUCAGAUUCUCCUGCGAGCCUCGGUCCUCACGGUGGUGGCCUUGAUCUUGAUGGAGGGUGUGGGAAGCGAGGUUCUGGUUGGGAUGUUUGCGGGUGGUUUGGACUCAGCAGCAUGUACGAACCCCAAACUGAGACCAUAAGACCUGUCUCUUCGCUUCACUCGGAAGCUUCGUGGAUGCGCCAGAGCUGCGACACUGAUGCUUCCUGGGGGGGUGAUGUUGAUCACGAUU